AAACUAUAUUAAUUCCUGAUUCAGACGACGAUGAACUGCCGUCUCUCAAAACCGUGUUAAAAAACAUAACAAAUUUCACCAGCAAGAAAAUUAACAGAAAAUAUGAUGCUGAGUUUAUCGAGAUACAUGAUAAUACCACGGCUGCAAAUAAUAAUGAUGAUUUCAAAUAUACAAAAAGCUCGGUGAGAAGACUUAAAACCCAAAAACAUUACAUGAAAAAACUCAGAACAGAAAUUAUAUUGAUCCCUGAUUCAGAUGACGACGAUGAACUGCCGUCUCUUAAAACUAUGUUAAAAAACAUAACAAAUUUCACCAUCAAGAAAAUUAACAGAAAAUAUGGUGCUGAGUUUAUCGAGAUGCAUGAUGAUACCACGGCUGCAAAUAAUAAUGAUGAUUUCACAUAUACUACCAACAAAGAUCGUUCUCUUGGAAUUAGUAAGAAGGAAACACGAGCUAAGCUAAAAAGCUCGGUGAGAAGACUCAAAACCCAAAAAACUUACAUGAAAAAACUUAGAACAGAAAUUAUAUUAAUCCCUGAUUCAGAUGACGACGAUGAACUGCCGCCUCUUAAAACUGUGUUAGAAAACAUACCAAAUUUCAGCAACAAUAAAAUUAACAAAAAAUAUGAUGCUGAGUUUAUCGAAAUACAUGAUGAUACCACGGCUGCAAAUAAUAAUAAUGGUGAUUUCACAUAUACCAUCAACAAAGAUCGUUCUCUUAAUAUCAGUAAGAAGGAAAUACGAGCUAAGCUAAAAAACUUGGUAAGAAGACUCAAAACCAAAGAGGUUACCAAACAUAUCAUCGAUAUAUGUGAAUAUAAAGAAAAAUAUGAGUACUACAACAAUUUCAAAUCACUAUCUGAAUUGCAACUCCACCAUCCACUCGCUAUAAUGCAUCGAUCUAAUAAUUUUGUACCUAGAUAUUAUGUAAUAAAAGGGUUCACAAUAAUGUACGAACAUUUGAUGUUAAACCCGACAGUGUGGAAACCUAAAGUAGGAGAUAUAAAUAAAAAAUUUAUGGAAGAAGUUAUAAUUCCCGAAUUGGGUGUUUGGUUCAUAAUGGAAGAUCUUGGGGUUAAUGACUACGACACCGCUAUAAAAAUCACGCGUGAAAGCGUUGAAUAUGGUAGCGAACAUUUUUUCGGAGACGAUAAUGACAAAUAUUUUUGGUGA